CGCAGCCGCUGUGGUCACCGGAGCAAAUCUAGUCCAUGCCCAUCCAUAUUCAACCUCAUCAAUCGUUUACUUCUCUCAGCCAACCUUUCUAGCUCACAUCAUGUUGCAGGGGUGACGGUUCGGAUUCCCGCCGCCCCCCUUUUUCCUCUGCAGUCAAUAUGGCCAUGGCCGCCGCUCCUUCCCGUCCGUUUGAUUAUCUUGAAAGCCUGCCAGGAACAACUUUCUACAAGCUCUACCAGCAGCCAUCCACUGCCCUCGCCAUCUUCAGGCGCAUGUUACCUGACUUGGCAAAAUGUUUCGUCAUGGCGCUUCUAUAUCUUAGAGACCCUCUUCCAGCGGCCGAUUUGGAGGUCUGGGUAAAGGCAGACAGUUUGAAGGAGCGAGACAAUGCAUUGUCAAUUUUGGGAAGACUCCAUAUCCUGUCGAACACUGUCAUCGCAGACAACAUCCGCGCCUACAAGGUCACCAAUCCGUUUGCGUCGUCGCUCCGUCAAGCUCUAACGGGCGCCGAAAAGACACAGUCCUUUGGGGUACUAUCGGAUAUAUCUGAUAGGGCGGCUAUCUCCGUAACUGAGCUGGAUGAGUACGCCCGGCGUCAAUGGGAAGGGGUGUUGGGAUACAUGGUGGGGACUAGUGGACUUGGUAUCCAGCGCGAUGUCAACCUGAGUAAAGGCGUGAAGCAACUCUUGCAGGCGGGGCACCUUGUCGAGAUCAGAGAUCGUCGCGUGGAAAUCACCCAAGAUGGGUUCGCAUUUGUUUUGCAGGAUGUCAGCACACAGGUUUGGCAUAUUCUCAUGCUUUAUGUUGAAAGCGCGGAUGCCAUUGGCAUGAGCAGCGUAGAGGUCCUUUCGUUUGUCUUCUUGCUGAGCAGCUUGGAACUUGGAAAAUCAUACGACAAGAAGCAUCUGACAUCUAAUCAACUCCGGACUCUGACGGAUCUGGCCGAUUUUGGUAUUGUCUAUCAGGAUUCUCCAGAUGCCAGUCAUUUCUAUCCUACCCGUCUCGCAACUACUCUUACGUCCGACUCCAGCGCGUUGAGCAACCCCAUCUCUGGGUCCCUCUCCGGACCCUCUGGCACAAGCUCAAGCAAGACAGGAUCUGGAUUCAUCAUCAUUGAGACUAACUACCGUCUCUAUGCAUACACCUCGUCACCACUGCAGAUUUCCCUUAUUGCACUUUUCACUACGCUCAAAUACCGUUUCCCUAACCUCAUCACUGGUAAAAUCACCCGCCAGUCGGUGCGUCGCGCCAUAGAAAUGGGCAUUACCGCCGAUCAAAUUAUCUCAUACUUGGCCACACACGCUCAUCCUCAGAUGCGCAAACACAACGCCUCCCGAUCCACCUCUAACCAGGCCGGCAUACCACCGUCCGUGCUGCCCCCGACGGUCACUGAUCAGAUUCGGCUGUGGCAAUUGGAACGCGAUCGUGUCAAAGCAACUCCUGGCUUUUUGUUCAAGGACUUCGUUAGUUUGGCUGAGUACGAGGCUCCAUGUCGGUAUGCUGAAGAGAUCGGGGUGCUCAUCUGGAAAUCGGAUCGAAAGCGGAUGUUCUUUGUCACGAGGCAUGAACAAGUUGCAGCGUUUUUGAGGAGUAGAAAAUAGUUUGCUCAACACACAGGUUCGGGCAUAGUUGACGAAAACAUUUGGGAUCCAGUGGCGUUUCAAAACUGGUAUAAGGUGUUUUUGGUGCUAGUCUGGCGUUAAUGGGUCUUCGGGGAUCCUCUGAGGACGGUUUGAAUUCAGCAAGUUGCCAUGGUUUCCCACCGGACAUGUAGCAUAAUCGAC